UGGUUGGUUCGAGCAGUGAUGGCGUUAGAUGGAGGUGCUGGGCAGUGGGAGCCGGAGGAAGAGGAGGGGAGCCCAGGGGACAGCGGCCAUGUCUCCCACAGUCAGAGCGCCUGCAGCGGCGGCUCGGUUGGCCUUCUGAACGAUGACGAGCAACAAGGUGCAGGUCUGAAAACAACAGCCAAUCAGCUGUCCAGCUACCUUCUCCCUGCCCAUCAUAAGACUGAGAUUGAAAAUUUGGAGAAGAGCUUGGAAGACUUACUUGUUAGAGUUGAUGAGUUUGUUGGAAUGUUAGAUAUGAUACGAAAUGAUACAUCUCAAGUGGUUAAUGAAAAAGUACCUCAGAUUUACACUAAAGCUGCAGAAAUGAGAAAACUCUACCAGAAGAUAGAUUUGCUUGAGACCUUUGUGAAGAAGGUUGGAGGUGAUGUGGCUCUCAUGGAAGAGCAGGUUACACAAGCUGAAACAAACUUGGGGACCUUUCCUAACCCUCUCAAGAAAAUCUUCCAGAACCUCAGUGCCUCGCCUCUCUUUUCUCCCACGAAAGCAACACCAUCUCCAAGGGCACCGCAAGUCCGAUAUGAGCCUCCACUUGUGUUCAAGACUGAAGAUUUCUUCUCAACUUCCAGCUGA